AUGAACCCCCGCAAAUGCGCUUUUGGCGUAACAUCUGGAAAAUUUCUUGGUUUCAUUGUGAGGCACCACGGUAUUGAAAUUGACCAGUCCAAAAUUGAAGCUAUCCAGAAAAUGCCAGAGCCCAAGAAUCUACGAGAACUUAGAGGCUUGCAGGGAAAACUGGCCUACAUACGACGAUUUAUCUCGAAUUUGGCCGGUCGAUGUCAACCUUUCAAUAGAUUGAUGAAAAAGGAUGUGCACUUUGAAUGGGAUGAGGCUUGCAGCAAUGCUUUUGCACGCAUCAAAACAUACUUACUUAAUCCUCCAGUUUUAGGUGCUCCUAUCCCAUGA